AUGAACGAACCUUUUCAACAACAACAGCAAUAUCGUCAACAACAACAAUAUCCACAACAACAGCAAUAUCAACAACAACAACAACAUCCUCAACAACAACAAUAUCCUCAACAACAACAUAAUAGACAAUAUAACAAUGAUAAUUACAACAACUAUGGUAGAGGAGGUGGUGGAGGUGGUGGAGGUCGUUACAACAACAACAACAACAACAACAAUGAUUAUAACAUGAGAAGACAGAAUAAUUAUAAUAACUACAACAACAACAACACAGACAAUGUACAGAAUCAAUAUCAACGUGGUCAAUACGAUAAUAACCAACCUCAUUAUAAUCAAAGAGGUGGUGGCGGUGGCAAUGAUCAUCAAUACAGAAGACAAUCAUAUAAUAGAGGCGAUCAAAAUGACUAUGGUGGCGGCGGAAGAGAGUAUGGCGAUGUCAACAAGUCGAUAUCAGAUCACUAUGCACAAAAGUCGCUGACCAACACGCUCGAGACGAGAGACGACAGCAAGAUACUCUACAUGAGGAACAUCAACAACUGGGUCAAGUCAAUCAUGAUACAGCUUCACACGCGCGCAAACGACCGCGUGCUGGAUGUGUGUGGCGGCAAGUUGGGCGACCUGCUCAAAUGGAUCAAGCAGAACAUCGGCCGUCUGUACGUGGCCGACAUCUCACUGGAGGCACUCAAGGCGGGCAUGUCGCGUAUCAACGAGAAGAUGAGGAAGCAGGGACUAUACUUUGACACGACUCUUAUCUGUUGCGACUGCUUCUCGCCAAAGCUGCUCGAGUCGAUGCCGCCUGGCUCGGCCAUGGUCGACCUAGUCAGCUGUCAGUUUGCCAUUCACUACUCUUUCCGUUCCGAACAGAGUGCCCGACACCUCCUACAGAACAUAUCAACAUUACUUGUUGAAGGUGGUACAUUCAUUGGAACAGUUCCAGAUGCUUGUUACUUUGUUAAGAAGUGCAGGGAAGGAGGAUCAAACAAGUUUGGCAACAGUAUUUACUCGGUGGAGUUUAAGGAGGAGCAGCCAAGUUAUGCUCCUUUUGGUUGCGCAUAUAAGUUCUUCUUGGUGGAUGCCAUCGACUACUUGGAGGAGUACCUGGUGCACAUGGAUGUGCUGAUACAGCUGGCGGGCGAGUACCAGAUGGAGCUGGUGUUUGAAGAGGACUUCCACCAGUUCAUCAAUAGGGAGUUGCAUGCCAAGCACGACAACUUUGACCUGUUCACCAAGAUGAAGUGUUGGCCAACUGACAGCGGAUCCGAUCAGGUCACUAUCUCACAAGACGAAUGGGAGGCAUUGAGAAUAUACCGUGUAUUUGCAUUUGUCAAGAAGGCUGGUGUAGCCACUGAUACCUCAUCCUCAUCAUCAUCUGGCAAUCAAAGAAGAGUAACAAGACAAAUGUAUGAAGAAGACAUCAUUGUCAACUUGUAA